AUGACAAGAAGAUAUAUAGGAAGAGGAGUGCGCUUAUAUUACAUAGGUGGGGAAGUUUUUGCUGAGUACCUAAGUGAUAGUGCAAUCUUUGUGCAGAGCCCCAACUGUAAUCAGAGAUACGGCUGGCACCCUGCAACCGUGUGUAAAAUUCCCCCAGGCUGUAAUCUGAAGAUCUUCAACAACCAGGAAUUUGCUGCUCUGCUGGCUCAGUCCGUUCAUCAGGGUUUUGAAGCCGUGUAUCAGCUAACUAGAAUGUGCACCAUAAGAAUGAGUUUUGUGAAAGGGUGGGGAGCAGAAUACCGAAGGCAGACGGUAACAAGCACUCCUUGCUGGAUUGAACUUCAUCUGAAUGGACCUCUGCAGUGGUUGGACAAAGUAUUAACUCAGAUGGGAUCCCCUUCACGUUGCUCAAGCAUGUCAUAA